UAUAUAUGUACAUUUUUCAAUUAAAAAGUGAUUUCUAGAAAAUCUUCAGUUGUAAAAAUAAUAAUUAUUUUAACAGAAUUUUUAUUAAAUAUAGUAAAAUUCAGUUUAUUUGAUGAAAUUUAAUUUAUGUUAAAAAUGUCAAACGAAACCCAUGGAAGUUUUUUUAAGGAAAUGCGUCUUACUUUUAUAGAUUUGAUCAAACAAGAAUUAGUUUAUGAUGAUGAAGUAGACUCUUGGAUGUUUAUGAAAAGUCCGUGGCCAAUAUCGUCUAUUUUAGUUAUUUACUUAUUAUUUGUAUUAAAAGUAGGUCCCAUGAUAAUGAAAAAAAGAAAGCCUCUGAAUUUGAAGAUGGUAAUGUUAUUUUACAAUAUUAUUCAAACAAUUUUCAAUGGCUACAUGGUUUUAUUGUUUUUCAUUACACCUGGAGCUAUCAGUUAUCAUUUCAAGUAUCUAUGUAACCCACUUCCAAGAAAUGCCAAUGUGUUUCUAAUGCAUGAGCUAAAUAAAGCGUCAUGGUAUUUUUUUAUAUCCAAAGUGAUUGACUUACUUGAUACUGUAUUCUUCGUUUUAAGGAAAAAACAAUCACAAGUUACCUCUUUACAUGUCUAUCAUCAUGUAAAUAUGGCAAUAACAUGUUGGGCAUAUUUAAAAUUUAUAAAAGGUGAACAAUUACUUUUCGGUGGUCUUCUUAAUUCAUUUAUCCAUGUUAUUAUGUAUAGCUACUACUUCUUAUCAGCAUUAGGACCUCAUAUGCAAAAAUAUUUGUGGUGGAAAAAGUAUUUGACUCGUAUGCAAAUUGUUCAAUUUCUUAUAAUAAUGACAUAUGAAGCAGGAUUGUAUGUGUUUGAUUGCAAGUUUCCUAAAUUAUUUGUGAUGUACGUAAUCGCUGAUCUCACUUUAUUUUUGUAUUUGUUUAUUAUGUUUUAUAUAAAAACAUACAAUCAACGACCUCAAUUAAAAGAACAUGUGAAUUAAUUCAUUGUUAUUAAUUAGUAAUUAACAUUAAUUUCUUAUAGUUAUUGUAAUUUAAGUAAUUCAUUUUAAAUGUUACCAUAAGUUUCAGUAGUCUAAAAACUGAACUUCAACAUUCAUAUAAUGAAAAAAACUAUUGUUUUGGCAUAGAAUUUAAUUUAAAAUAGUCGAUAAAUCUUUGAUUAAGAAGCAACACAUCUAUAUCAUUUUUGUUAAUUUUAUUGGUGAGGAAAAAUAGUUUUCUAUGUAAUUUAAAGUACUUGUGAUGAUUUUUUAUUAUUUGAUUACAGCGAUGCUUAUUGAUUUUAUAAAAAAUUUGAGAUCUUAUUCAAAUACCUGGGAAAUAUUAAAUAUUAUAUUACUAACGCAUUUUGACCAAAAUGUAAGAUAGUUGGGUUUGUUUCUUAAGCGAUCAAAUAUAGCAAAAUGUACAAUAUAACUCGUUGUAUAUAAAUCAAGUAAUUUAUUAAAAAAAUUGUGCAGUUAAAACUGAUAAAGACUACAAACGAAGUAUGUAUUGAUUGUAAUUUAUAUGUAUUUCUUAAUAUUUUAAAUGCAUCAUAUGGUGUAGGUAACACAAUUUUAAAUAGUCAGGGCAGGAUUUUGAAUUUGUAACAUGUAAUAUGUUAAACCAAAUGUAUCAAUUUUAAUAUUGCUUGAUAGAGGAUUCAUUGACAAUGACACUACUAACAUUAGAAACCAAAUAUUCAUUGUCUAAUGUCUACAUGUCUAAUUCUAUCAGCAUUUUCAUCUGUAGUAGAUUUCAGAACAUUAAAAGUAGAUGAUUUUGAGGUACUCAAAUUUAAUUCGCUUAUUAUAAACUCUUCAAAAUUAGUACAGGAUACACUACUAUUUUUAAGAUCAUUAAUUUCAGCUAAAAAAUGUGAAAUUAGUAGUUUUAAUUCGGGAAUAGUUCAUAAACCUUUUUGACAUGAUAGACAAAAUUAUUUCUACAUUUGAAUAUUUUAAGAAAUCAUUUUUUCUCACUGUCUGUAAGUGCAUAACACUGACUAUAUGCUUAAAAUCUAACACAAAUUUUAUUGUUACGUCUAAUUAAGAAAAAUUAAGAUUGCAUAUAAAACAAUUACAAACCAUAAUUAAGCCAAUUUUAAAACUAAUACAAGCGUACGUACAAAUAUUUGAUAGAAAAAAACAACUUAACAAUAUCACUAUCAGUAUACAACUCUAAUACGUCUUUUUAAAUAUAUAUUUUUUUAUCUAUGCGACAAGUACAUGAUAA